UGUCCGGUAUCUUAGCUCUCUGUGUAGGUAGCUAAGCUACUGUUUGUCAGUUAAAGCUUGGACACGUUUGUUUAUUUUGAGCGAACGUUUAAACUAGACUCCUAGCCGCAGCUCACGCCCAGAAACAGAGAGCUCAGCUCGCAUUUUGAACAGUAUCUGUCGGAAAUGAUUUUCCACAUCCCAUGGAUCUAUGUUCCUGUUCGGAAUGUCCUAGCAAUCUGGCAUCAGCUGACAAAGUAUGAGAUACCUGAGCUAAAGAAACCCUCAGUCAUUAUGAGAGACCGAGGAAGAGUGGAGGAGAUCAUCCGCAACAUGCACGGGGCAGGACCAGGUGCACUACAGGUGAUUUCUGACUUCGACAUGACGCUCACCAGGUUUGCUUUUAAUGGAAAACGCUGCCCAACAUCACACAACAUCCUUGACAACAGCUCCCUCAUUAGCGAAGACUGCAAGGCCAAGUUGGCAAACUUCCCAAAGUCCCAUUACUACCCGAUCGAGAUCGACAGCUCGCUGUCAGUGGAGGACAAGGUCCCUCACAUGGUGGAAUGGUGGACUCAGGCUCAUGACCUGUUGGUCCAGCAGCGAAUCAAGAAGGAUCAGCUGGCCAAAGCAGUCAGGGAGUCGGACGCCAUGCUCAGGGACGGGUAUGAGGUUUUCUUCGGCUCAUUGAAGGAUCACUCCAUCCCUCUGCUCAUCUUUUCGGCUGGACUGGGAGAUAUCCUGGAAGAGGUGAUCGAACACAACGGUGUGUUCCACCCCAACGUACGAGUCUUCUCCAACUACAUGGAGUUUGACAAAAACGGUCUUUUAUGCUCGUUUAAAGGGCAGUUGAUCCACACGUUCAAUAAAAGGGAGGGCGCCUUACUGAACCCAGAUCAGUUUGAGCAGCUUCAGGACCGCCCCAACAUUCUGCUGCUGGGAGACUCUAUGGGGGACCUGACGAUGGCCGACGGAGUCCAAAACGUCCAGAACAUUCUACGCAUUGGUUACCUCAAUGAUAAGGUUGAGGAAAGGAGGGACGCGUAUGUUGGCUCUUACGACAUCGUGCUGGAGAAAGAUGAAACGCUGGACAUUCCCAAUGCCAUCCUCCGCUACAUCACUGAGGGAAAAUGAAGCUUCAUACUGUUGUCCACAUCAUCUGGGAUCGAGGUCAUGUGGACCACACUGGCCAAUCAGAGACCAGUAUUGCUAACCUUAUGGUCAGGAGUCCACUGGCACUGGGCUGGUUACUGUCACCAUGGCAACCUUCAGGCUGGAAUUGUUUUAAACGAGUACACAUCGCACAAAAAAUCCGUUUAGCCUGGAUUUAUAGGCUGUAAUAUAAGCUGGAUCAACUGUCUAACCCAACCACACUGAUAGGUAGAGUCCAGUGCUGCAUCGCAGAUUGCAUUCUGUGAUCUACACGGGAAGAAACUCUCUUUAUAAGGCUGAUUUUAAUCAGCAACUCUAACAGUUGAGGUCAAGAGUUUCUAUAUUUUGUCUUCAUGCACAGAGUUGUAGUUUUAAAUAGUUUUAAAGUAUUUUAGCAAAUUACUUACCCAAAUAUGCAGAAUGUUUAUAUUAAAAGGUGCGUCACAUGACUUUAAAAAACAUUUUUAAAGCUCCGCCCAUAAUGUUUUUGUUAUUUGUAUCACCUGUCCCCCUUUUUUCUUUGUCUUUGUAAUAGAAGGUGUUGAAGACGCCUUUGCUCAAGGACCAGAAACCAUAUGACAAUUUUAAUAACCGCUCACUUGUGGUCUGUUAUUACUUGUAAGCUCUGGUUUGGGUUUUUUUUUGGGAAUGAUUCUGUUGUGUCUUGUGUUCAUUAUAUUAGAAUGGGCUUCUGGGAGAUCGGCCUAGGUCACUGUAAAAGCAGUCGGGAGCCUGUUUACUUUUACACCUGGAGCUGAUUCUUUUGGUCUUGCUGAAUGUACUGACCGUAGUUGGUGCUCCAUCGAUGCACACAGGAAUGCAAGAGACUGCCUCGGUGCAUAAACGGGCACUUCUCAUUUUUCACAGCUGGGUUAUGUUGGUGAAGAUCUAUAGGCAUAUUUAUCUGAUGUUCAUUAUUAUAUUUUAGGGCCUUUUAUCUUUUAUAUUCACUUGUUUUGAAACCUGCACAACGUUUUGGCCCAAGUAGAUGUUUUAAGCCGCUGGGAAAAACACAAUAAAAGUAGAUUUAUGUUACUCCUGUCUAGACUUGAGCUCCCAUGUUGCUGUCUUUUGGUUGAUGUCUCUCAGACCUGCAUCACAGUCUGUAUUCUUUAGUAUUGUAUCCUAUUGUAAUACGGCACACUACAGUUUUUGUGACUAAUUUAAUUUUCGUUUAGUCUUCUAACCCUCAGUGUAGUCAGAUGCCCAAAGGCAUGUUUGGUAAUGUAAUGCAAAGCAAUCAAACACGGACAAAAUUCCGCCUUUACGAUGGCUGCUGCUCCUGCUCUUAGCUAUGCAACAUAAACGAGCUAAUGCUUCAUCACGGACCAGAGCUGCUCAGUCAUCUCUAACAGACUUGCUCAUGUGGUUUCUGUCACUGUAUGACAUACUGUUAUUAAUAGAAAUAGACUAAAGCUAAAACUAUAGUGGGAGCUCUUAAAGAUGGAGUUUUGUCUGGAUUUUUGCACAUUGUCUAAAUUGGAAUUUAUGUAAGUCUUGAUUAAAAUUUUCA